ACCGCGAAGUGUUUAUUCAAUGGCGCCCAUUCUCGUAGGUACUGUUUGGAGGGAGUGAACUGAUGCCUUCGGUUGCCUUAAUGUUUCCGUUUUUAAUUUGUUAUGUAUAUAAAUAUAUGAAAUGACUUGCAGUGGUAAUGCGUGUGAUUGUGGAAGUAUUGGAUGUCAACGGGGUGUUGUUGCCUGCAUGUGUUGUACGUCAAGAACGGGACAGGCGAAAGCGGUUCGUAGAAAUGUACGAAGUGCGCGAAAGGUUGAAUGACACGUUGCGGGGUUGUAGGAGUUGAUACUGCGUGUGGCUUAGAUUAAAUGCCCCGAUAUAUGAUAGCAAUACAAAAUCUGUUCAAAAUAAUCAUUUCUACUAUUUUAUAGAUAUGUACUAUACAUUUAGAAGUCUAAGUAAGGUUUAUAUGUCGUAAUAUUUUUGUUGUGUUUGAACCAAUGAGAGCAAUAAAAUGGAUCUGGUAUAUUCAGUACUGAGAAAACAUACAGCGAACAAUCAAAAAUCUUUUCAAAAUUAUGAAUGCCUUCACGAAGGACACACUUUAUGUGCUGUAUCUAGCAAAAAUACUGUGGCAUUUACAACAACCACAGAACUUGAGGAUGCCAGUGGAAAGUCCUGGGGAUCACAUGUGUAUGUUGCAGAUUUGAAUACGCCUUGGCAUAGCCACAAGGUUACAUCAAAUCGUGCGGGGGUGACAGCUUUGGAAUGGGACUUGCCUGGAGAGAAGCUUCUGCUGGCAGAUGCUGCUGGUCUUGUUCAAAUAUGGAGCUGCAGAGAACACGUUCUCAAUGACUGGUUGUGUUUAGGAGCAGCAACAUUUUCUGGUGAACAUAUUUUAGCUGCUGCAUUCUUCCAUAAUGGCAAAAAGAUCAGUGUAUGUGCUGAGAAGAAGGAUGCUGUCUUUUAUACUGAGAAAUUCACCCACGUUCGCUUUGCUCCGUCUGUACGACACUUUGGAGGUCGGCCUGUAGAAGGCUGCCUUGUCAUCAGCACAACUGGGAUGGUGGGGGUUGCAGCGCUUACACAAGAGAAUGCACCUGCAGGAGCCCUGCCUUUAACUGGAGGCAGUGGAAUGGCGCCUUUGCUUGCCACUGCCAGUGACAGUUUGGGCUCCACUAGGCACCGCAUUGCAGCUGCUGAUGUUUGUUAUGGAAAAAAUGGUCACUUUCUUGUUGCUGUGAGCAGUGGUUCGGCAAGUUUGCCCAUUCAGUGCUAUAGGGUGUCAGUAAAGCAGAGUGAAGAGAAAUGUGUAAUAGUUUCCCAAGCUCUUCCUAGUUUCUUUCUUCAGUCAAGCCCAGCAGCUGCGGAGGGAUUAUAUCGUCAUGUUGCACAGUUGAAAUUUGUGGUGCGUGAAGAUGCUGACUCACUUGUGGUGGCUUCUAAUGCUGAUCCUCCUCCUGGCACACCUACAAAUUGCACUCCAAACAGUGUAUAUGGGGGAUGUUACACGAGCAGUGGUAGCAGCAGCAGUAGCAGCAGUGUUAGUAGUAGUAGUGGAGGAAUGUCAGUAAAUGGAAACAGUUGUAAUGGUGGUGCUGGAGGGUUAGUAGAGAUCUGGGAACUACGUGAGAAACCUCUACCCAUACAUAAACUGUUCCAGCCAAAGAACCAUACAAACUCGGUAGAGCCCUACAAGACAGUGCUCUGGCAGCAUCAGUCUCAUUUUGUGGCAUCUUCACCAGUAGUUUGUGUUACUACAUCAAAAUUGCCUCCACCUUUUUAUGUAAUGGUGGCACUUGCUGAUGGAACUCUACACUGCCUGCAUCGGGACUCAUUGAAACCUGUUGCUUCGAGCUCAUUGAAUCUCAUGAGGCAAGAGGAACCUCCAGCGGCAAAGCAGCAGCGGUUAAGCCCUUGUGUUUCCCAUUUGGACAUGAGCUGGCUGGGAUGUGUGCUGCUAGCUGCAGACACACUUGGGCAGUUGCACCUCUACAGGCUGACUCCUGUAGCUGACCCUGGUGGAGGCUCCAUGACAGUUCCACAUGUAGUAAGAUUGUUGGAGUACUGCUUAGUGACAGGGCUUGAUUGCUGGGAUUUGCUGGUAUGUUUGAGACCUGGUUUGGUGGAUGCCGUGGCAGACCGCUUCUCUGAUGGUUUUAACCGACAAUUGGCACCAGUGCAACAGUAUCAUUAUGUCCAUUUUCUGAACAUAAAAACAUCAUUAUAUAGGUUGACAGUUAGUGGCCAGUCUAAGGCAGCUGAUCUGACAUCUCUCCUUAUGUUACAUUCUGUGGCUACUGCAUUCAAGUCUUUGCUGCGACCUUCUGAUUUGUCAUCUCACGACAAAGGUCCUGCAGACAGCUUAGCUGCUGUCAUGACUGAACCUCUUGCUGAUGUGGACAAGGUUCUGUUUCAUUUGGAAGCAAAGGAAUUCACAGUGGAGCAUUCGACCCUGCAAUCAUUGCAACAGUUGAUUCAAUGGGUAGCUGAUCUAGCUCUUGCCUUGCUUGCUCGCUUGCCUGAACAGAGAGGCAAUUCAACUCCUGCCACUAAGCCAUCUGGUGGUUGCUCUCCAGCAAGCCCUGGGUAUGAACUUCUGAGAGAUUAUAAGGCCCUGAACACACUACGUGAACUACUUGUGGUGGUACGAAUUUGGGGGCUGUUGCGGCAGAGCUGUUUACCAGUGUUUGUACGCAGUGCUGACUCGCUGGACGUGUUAGCUCUGUUGUUCAAGCUAUUGAGUCGUCUGGUGCAGGCACCAGAACCUGAUGAAGCAUUGCUUGAUGAUUGUUGCUUGUUACCCAAUCAAGUGAUGGUCCCCACCCUUCAACCCCCUGUUCGCAUGGUGGCUGUUGCUUCACCAGUGUUGUUUUACCAGAGUUUGCCAAUCCAGUUGGAAUUUGGCACAGAACCAGAUUGUCUCCAUUUUGUACCUGAUCUGAGCCCUGUUGAAGGAGCAAUGCAGACAGAACAAACACUGGAUAGCAUUCGUCACAUCUAUCUGGGUAAACAACCACUUGUGGUUAAACAGUGCUGCAGGUGUGGAGGGAAAGCUCAGCUGCAUAGUGUGGUGCGCACUGCUGCUAUUCGGGCUUGGGACCAGCGGUGGACCAGAUCUUGUCGCUGUGGGGGUUAUUGGCAUAUUCAACGUUCCCUCUAGUGAUCAUAUGUAUAUUAGUCUUCCAAUGGAGUUAUUCUGUACCAUGCAAAUAUUAAUUAUUCCUUUGAUGUUAUUACAGUUUGUAAACUUUUUGAUUUAUUCUCAAGGUCGAUUUCACUCUACACUUGGCAUGGUUCAAUAUUGCCAUCAGUAGACAAGUGUAUGAGUUACGCAUAAAAUGUCAUUUUAAUUAUCAAGAUAAUGUUUCAUAAUUUGAGAAAAAAAGAAAGAAGCUUGGGCACUAUGACGUUAUUAGUGAUAAUGUAUUGCUUACAAUUGACGGGUAAGAAUUAAUAUUUCUUCGUUCUUGUGAAGAAAAUAGGGACUACUUGAAAAUCAUUGUAUGAUGACACAGAUUCCAUUGUACUCCUAGAAUGGAAAGGAAAUAAUAUUCUCUUUUAGGAGUUGAAACGGUAAAUAAUGUGCUUUUGUAAUGAAUUGAGAUAUUGGUGAUAGUGAUGAUGUGAAAUUUUAGCUGUGAUCAAUUUUCAUCUGUAGAUCUGGUCCAUCUCAAUGACGUUUGUUGGUAAUGAUUCGAAUUAUUUGAGAAUUGUCUAAUAAGUGCAAAUUGUUCUCUGAUUAAAAUAUGUGGAAGGGUGACACUUGUACAAAACAAUGAAUCGCAGUACUGAAAACAGUAAAUUUUAGGCCUGUCGAAAGGCGCAGUUAGGUGGUUACUAUGUAAAUGCCUUUAUGUCUCCACUAGGUCAGUAAGGAACGUAUUUUAAUCGGAUUAUAAAAGUUCACAUUAUAAUAAAGAGAUCAAUCACAUAUAAUAAGAGUCAAGGAGAGAAAAAACCUGUUGACUUGGUGGUAAUUUAAAACCCAAUUAUAGGUAUUGGAGGACAAAACUCUUGGCAUGUGAAAAAACCACUUUAUAAAAGCUGAGAAAACAAAUAGCAACAAAGAAUUUAAUGUGCAUAAAGUUGUAAAAAGAAUUAAUUUUUUAAUGUUUCUAAACCACCAUAAAGUUUAGAAUUAAACUUCUCAGGACCAAAUAGAUUUGUGAAUAUUUCAUAAAAACUGUUGUUGGGUUCAUGUACAGUUGUUGUAAAGUACUCUUUAUUAGGGAACAUUAUUCAUUCAUAUUAUGAUGAUCAUCAUUCAAAUUAUUAUAUUUAUUGCCAUUGCCUUUAAAUGUCAUCAUCUAAUGUGCAUGCUAUUAUGUAUAUAGGAGGAAACACUGGUUUGUGCUAGUAAGCAGUAUCCAUAUCAAUAGAAAUAAUGAAAUAGAAUUCAUAUUAUAAUAGUAACAAUCAUUAUUCUAUAGAAAAAUAUUCACUUAAAAGGACACAUUUUCUACAUUUUUAUCCUUUGCUAAUUAUGUGCUUUGUCAGCAUCUUUUUGAAAAGGAAAAGUAGUUACUGGAGUCAAUUAUAGAAAUAUUUGAACUAGUUGUAUUUUCCUCAGUAAUAAGCUUAUUCACUCUUAUUCAAGAUUUCUCUGCAUUUGCUAUAGAUUCUAUUUUUGCUGGAAUGAUGGUCAGGCACUUGAGUGAGGAUAUGUAUCUUGUAUUCGGGCAUGAUGGAUUAUUCUUCUGGUCACUGACACAAAGUUGUAACAUAGUUUUCCCCAUACAUCAGUGACAUAAUGACAUAUACAUAUACAGUGUUUAGGAAAAUCUUAGAACUGUAGCUCUCAUUCAAGAAAUUUUGUGAACUUUUCAGGUACGUUUUUUUAUGAAACUUCAAUCUGUGCAUGUGUUGAAGUGACCGUGGCAUAAGCUGUUUACUUUUUUUAUUUGGUAAAUAUCUGUUUCUUCUUUCUUCAUUCGAUAGUACUAUAAUAUUAAUAUUUCAAACAGCGAAUAUUUGUUUUAGAAGUUGUUAUAUUAUGCCUACAAUAAUAUACAUUUUAUAAGUGUAACUUUCCUAUUUGCCUAAACUCAUUUACCUUUUUAAUGGAUUCAAGGUACUUAUCUCAGGUUAGAAAAAAAUUGCAAAAUAAAAAAAGCAAUGAAAAGAUAUUCUUGAAACUUUAUGGCAAUCUAUAUGAACUGCAUUCAUAUUAGAACACUGUGUUUACUUUGUCUUCCAGUCUUUUGCAAGUGUUGCACUUCACGUAUAUUACUUUUAUUGCACUUUUCCCAUUUUCCCUCAAUAAUUGAAUCAUACAAAAUGACAUUAACUUUCUUAAAUAAUGUCCAUUUUAUUGAAGCUUUUAUAUUCUAAAAUUUAUUGUUGGUAUGUGUGAACUCUUAGAAAAUUAUGGAAGUUUAUUUUUCAUGUAUACUUUUCAUUAAGCUUUAUUUUAGAAAAAAAUGUUACACAACACUUUACAUUUUAUUUCUCUUCGAAUGCCACCAUCUUUGCAGGAAGUCAGCAUCCUGGAUCGGUGGUGUAUGCAUUUUUGUUAGAUAUACCAAACAGUUUUGUAUUUGUUUAUUUGAUAUAAUUUACAUUAUUGUAAGAAUGCCAGCAUGCACGGAAUAAAUAUUCAGUGGUAAAAAAGGUAUUGAACACCACAUAGUAAUAGUAAUGUAAUCUAUAAGAUUGUGAUUUCAUUAACUAGUGAUAAAUAGUUAUCUAGCUGUUCUUUAUGAUAUCUUGUAAUCAUUUCAUAGCUGUUAAGUUAUUUUCUUAUUUUUAGUAAUAGAACUAAGCAUGUACUGUUAAUAUUUAUGGUUGUUUUAACAGUGACUAAUGGUAAUAGAAACUACAACUGCCAAAUCUAUAUAUCAAAGUGAUGAACAGUCAUUAUUGGACCCUUGGAAGCAGUGAUAAACUUUUUUUGGGGGGUGGGGGAUAUGUUAAUAAGCCAGUGUGAUUCAUGGUGGGGAGCCUUGAGUGUUAAAAGGUAUCAGCAUUAAGCUUUAAGUUAGUUAUUAGAGAGCAGAACAAGAGUGUAAUGCAAACCUGAAUAAACUGAGAACAAGUUUCAGCAAAAUACAUCAUUGAAGGGCCAAGAUGGUCCGUUAUUUAAGCAACUGUGAUUGUUUGUCACUUAGAAAUAUAAUACUUAACCUUCUGACUUAAUUACUAUAAAUUUCAUCUACCAGUGAUAAAGUAUAUUUUAGGAAACCUGCUUUAGAAUUCAGUUGAUUUCUAUGGCAGGUAAAUUUAACAGAAAUACUCUGUGUACUUGCAGAGCAGAGGAAUUGUGAAGUCCUCUUCUGUUACGUAUUAGUGGCCUUCUGCAAACAUUCCUCAUUUUUGGUUUAAACAUUUUUUAUGUGAUUGUAUGAAUGUUUGUCAAUUGACUGGGAAUACUUGAAUAAUAUUGAACGUCAUGUGCAAUUUUAGUGUUCAGAGGUUGUAUUUAUGAGGACCAUCAAUGUCAAUAUUUGUGUUCCAGAUAAGGUAUAUUGAAAAUACUUUCAAAUUUAAGUACAGUAACAUAAUUUUCGUAGUUCUUUUUAUGGCACAUACUAGAGUGCACUUAAAAUGAAAAUUAGAAACAAUGGCCAAAGGAUUUGUGAUUUGUCCAUUCUCUUUCUCUUUAUUAAUGAUUUUUCUGCUCACAUUUACUCAGAAAGUGGUACAAAUUACUUCUCAUUCCAAUAUUUGUCAUGCACCUGUUAUCUUGCAUCAAUAAUUUGAAUCAAUGACAUAACCUUUUAUUCAAAUCUUUGGAAUGCUAACAAUUUAUCACCCAUAUACUAGUGUGGCAUUAAUAAAUUUCCUUUUUUAUUAAUGCUUGUAACGGAUGUUAAAAAGAAAUGAAAAUGUGAAAAACACCUUUCUGAUGUAAAUGUUCUAGUUAACAGUAAAGUACAGUAUAUUUUAUUAUGUUUGUGCAUCUCAGUUCUCUUUAAAUAAAAAAAGACUUUAUUUUACUGCAAAAUAAAUUGACAAUACUAUUUGUUGUGAGCAGUUUCACUCAUGAUGUAUCGAGAAAAAAGGAAUUGUGCUUUGAUACUCUAAUUUUAUUGUGUAAAUUCAUUUAUGUCCAUCUCCAUUCUUAUGUAAAUGUUCUCUUACAUUGUGAUAAUAUCUGGAGAUGAGCUUCUUAAUUUUUGUCAGUAUUUAACUUUUUUAUUACCAAACUGGUGAAAUUUACGCUAUUAAGUUGUACAUUUAUUUGUUAUUUAUAUUGAAUGAAGACACAAUCUCAACGUUCAAUGUUGUAUGUUUAUUUGCAAUUUGUAUUAAAUGGUGACACAUUCUCUCACAUCAACUUACAAUUUUAUUGGGAAUGUUAUUAUUUGGUUACUUAGUUUAUUUUAGUUAAAAUGUAAUUAGUACUGAUUAGCUUGUAAUUAUGUUUUCAAAUACUUGCUUAUCAACAGAAGUGAUGUUUGGUUUGAUGAAUGGUUUAAUUAUGUAUGUUAUGUAUGGAUGUAGGCAAUUCAAUUCUGAAAAUUCAAAAAGGUCAGUGAAAUCAAAUGAAAAAUAAUUGUAUUAUACUAUAUUAUAUUACAUUAUAUUCCAAAAGGGAAAAUGCUGGCCCAGUGCUGUACAUUAUUGCCAGGAAAUAAGUUAUUGCUGUGACAUUAGUAAUGUAGGUUUAGUCUUAUUGUAUAUACAGUAUGGCAGGUGAUUGAACUUUUAGAUUCGUAUAUUGGUAUUAUUUCAUUGAAUUAAAGUAAAGAUCUGUACUUUCCAGUCAUGUACUAACAGCAUACAUUUUUUUUCUCUAGAUCUCCAAAUUGCUGUUUCACUUGGUUUUCAUAAGCAAAUGUUUUAAGUACAAAUUUAUCUAAUUUCAAGUAAAGAUUGUAUUUUUUGUAUUGAUUUGUGACAAUUCUUAAUUAAUUUUCAGUUCUUCAGCAAUAAAAUGCCAAUGAGUAUAUGUUAAGAAGAAAGUUCUAUAUAGAAUAUCUAAAAAGCAAUGGGAAAAAAACUGAAUGUUAAAGGAAAUUGCAACAAAAAAAUUGUUUUGGAUAUGAAAUUAAUUUUUUGUUUUUCAUAAUAGCAUUGAGUAAAAUGAACGGAAUACAUUCAGGUGUAUUGAGUGUAGUUCAAUAAAGUUCCCUGAAGUUAGGAAAUGCAUUCUACUUAAGUGACAGUUCUGUGAUCAGAGCGGUGCAAAUGUAAAUGUUUAUAUGUAAGGAGGACCUUUUUGCAUCUGAAAAGUAAUAUAUUUUUACGAAAAGAAUAUGUGACAUUAAUUGAUGGAGCGUUUUGAGAUUAUGUAUAUUAACUCAUGGAAUUUCAUAUAAAUUGUGACAACAUACAAAUUAAAAGGUGUUAACUUCGGAUUUAACAAUACUGAAAUAGGUCAAAUGUAUGGAGAUUUUCAGAAUAAAAACUGGAAACUAUAACUCUCAUUUUACCAAUGGUGUACCUUGACUAUUUGUAUAUGUUAACUCAAGGAAAUCUUGAUAAGUAGUAGCCCUUUAUUGUAAGAAUUUACAGUGUGCUUGUUCUCCUGACAUUUGCAUGGCCCUGAAUACACAAUAACUUAUAGAGGAUACGAGGGUGAAACUUACUCUUGAGAAAUUUUGCCUUUGGUCUCUCUAGUUCAGUGUAUAUUGUGGCCACAUUCCUGUGUUGGCUUAUAUUUCAUCUUAGUUGGAAACUGAAUUGAUCAGCAUCCUGGGUUUCUAUGGAUCUGCAUGUAGGUUAAUUUUUCUACAUUGAAUUGUGCAUCUUCAAUAAUAAUAAUAAUAAUAAUAAUAAUAAUAAUAAUAAUGAUAAUAACAACAACAUUAUACAUUAAUUUUCAUUUAGUUCUAUUUUUAAUUUGGAAUUUAAUUUAUUU